AUGUCAAAAAUGAGUACCAACUGGACAGCCAACCUGAGCUUUGGAGCAUCUACAGAUCCUCAUGAGCCAAGAACUGGACUCUCUAGAACAGGGCACACCAUAGUGGCUGUUUUCCUUGGAUUUAUCUUGGUAUUUGGCUUCUUGAAUAACUUGAUUGUUCUCAUACUCUUCUGCAAGUUUAAAACCCUGCGCAACCCUGUGAACAUGCUACUGCUGAACAUCAGUGCCAGUGACAUGUUAGUGUGCAUCUCUGGCACCACACUCAGUUUUGCAUCCAACAUCCACGGCAGAUGGAUUGGAGGAGAGUAUGGCUGCAUGUGGUAUGGCUUUGUCAAUUCCUGCUUUGGUAUUGUGUCCCUGAUCUCCUUGGCUAUCCUGUCUUACGAACGCUAUAGCACCAUCACCCUAUGUAACAAACGAGGCUCUGACUAUCAGAAGGCUCUGCUAGCAGUUGGUGGUUCCUGGCUUUAUUCUCUGAUCUGGACAGUACCACCGCUCAUUGGCUGGAGCAGUUAUGGGAUUGAGGGGGCCGGCACAAGCUGUUCAGUACGUUGGACCUCCAAAUCAGCUGAGUCUGUGUCCUAUAUCAUCUGUCUCUUCAUAUUCUGCUUGGUCAUCCCUGUAAUGAUCAUGAUAUACUGCUAUGGGCGUCUCCUUUAUGCUGUUAAACAGGUUGGAAAAAUCCGGAAGAAUGCUGCCCGUAAAAGGGAAUACCAUGUUCUCUUCAUGGUGAUUACUACAAUAAUCUGUUAUCUAAUAUGCUGGAUGCCUUAUGGAGUUAUAGCACUGCUUGCAACAUUUGGUAGUCCAGGUGCAGUUUCUCCAGUAGCAUAUGUCAUACCUUCCAUCCUGGCAAAGAGCAGUACCGUAUGCAAUCCAAUUAUCUACAUACUUAUGAACAAGCAGUUUUACAAAUGCUUUCUUCUACUUUUCCACUGCUACCCUCCUUCGGCUGCUGAUGGAGAAUCCAUAUGUCAGUCUAAGGUAACCGUAAUCCAGCUGAAUCAGAAAGUGGACAGUGGAGUCACAUGUAAUAAUCAAAUACUUCCUGAAAUGGAUGAAAGAGUGCCCAGUCUGCUGAGCCCAGAGUCAAGCUUGGAGCCAGCUUCAGAAGACACACCACAGAUGUUAAAGGAGAAUUCUCUCUGA